AUUCAGGUUUUUUUUAGCUUAAACUUUAGAUUUAUUUAUUUUUAAACACCAAACUUACUCUAACCUGCAUGAAAGUCAUUUGAAGUUUUAAAAAUGAUAAAUUUUAAAAUCAUAGUUGUAACUGUGUUGUCUGCUAUCCUUAUACCCAAAAUUUACUUAUGGUUAACAAGUAAUGCAGUGGGAGUUCAGUUUUAUAAUGUCUAUCCUGGAAUGUGUAAAUCUAUUCCUGGUAUUGUCUGCGGGUCUGAAAAAAUUACAGUGACUUCCGAUGGGCUUGCUUUUUUUACUAGUGGAAUGAAAGGUGCCUCAAAUUGUGAUCAUCGUUAUCUGCAUGGUCGUAUUUAUUUAUUUGAUUUUAAAGAUCCAGAAAAAGGAGCAACAGAACUUUUUUUGAAGAGUAACAGUAUAAUACCCAGUAAUUUUAGUCCCCACGGGAUGGACUUGUUUGAAGAUUUAAAAAAUAAUUUAAUUAAACUGCUGGUGAUCAACCAUGCUAAUCAUAGAGAAAGUGUUGAAGUAUUUGUUUUUAGACGUAGUGAACCUUCUCAUUUGGAUCAUGUAAAAACCUUAACUGAUAAAAAGUUUGUUUGUCUUAAUGAUAUUGCUGUUAUAAAUGAAAACAUAUUUUAUGUUACUAAUUAUCUGAAGUACUGCCAAUAUAACGAGUUUGCUUCAUUGCUUUUUGAAGUUGGUUUAAAAAUGCCCACAUCUAAUAUAGUUUAUUAUAAUGAAGGAAGCACUUUAGUUGCAGCAGAUGGGUACUCUUCAUUAAACGGCAUAGCCAUUAAUAAAGAUUUCUCUGUUGUUUUUGUAUCUUCAGCUGCAAAUAAAACUUUAUCUGUCUUUAAACGUGAAGCUGAUUCAGGAAAACUUUUACUUCAUAAUGCAAUUGAUGUUUCAUAUAGUCCUGACAAUGUUUAUAUUGAUCAUCAAACUGGUAUUUUAUAUGUUGCAGUCUUCAAAAAACCACUUCAUUUCUUCUUAGCGAUAAGAAACUUAACUCUCAACACUGGAACUGGGAUAAAAAUUGUGCCUGACUCUAAUCAGUGGAAAAAAGCAGAUGUAACUGAAGUUUUUCAUGAUAAUGGUCAGCUUAUUCAAAGUGCAAGCAUGAUAGUUUUUUACAAAAAUCAAUAUUUAAUUGGUUCAGUUUAUAACACAUUGGUUUACUGCCGCACAGAUAAUAUCUAAAUGAUAUUAUUUGUGCACAUGAUUCUUAUUGUUAUAUGAGAUUUUAUCUUCAACUCUUUUUCCCUCUUCUCCUUAGACCUUUUUUUUUAAAAAAAAAAGUUUAUAUUCUUUUUAAAGAAACUUGUUUUCUAGCAAAUAAUCUGAUUUCUUUCUGAAAAAGGUUUUUUGAAUACGCAUUUGUCAAAUGCUCUUUUAAUACUCUUUGUAUGUAUGUAUGUGUGUGCGUGCGCGUGUGUGUGUGUGUCUGCGUGUGUGUGUGUGUCAACUUAACACUCUUUAAUAACUUUAAAGUUUAAUGUUGUAUUUUUCUUACGUAUUUUAUAAAUCACCAGCUCAUUUUUUAUAAAAUAAGAUCUUUUUAAUCUAAUAAAUAUAGAUUUUCUUUUUUUGUAAA